CUUCACAAGUGAAAGAAAAGAGAGAGAAAAAAAAACUCGAAAAUUGCUGCAAUAGGAGAGAAGAAAGUAGAACUUCCGUGAGAGGAGAGAGAAAAUACAGGAAAAAAUUGAAGAAGAGAGAGAAAGUAGUUUGUCUGGAUGAGGAUGAAAGAGAAUAAUUUUUUAUUUUUAAAUUUAAGGCAAUUAAAGCCUUGCACGUGUGAAACAAAUUAGGAACAAAUUUGUUUCCUUUUGCAGCACUGAUUUAUAAAAGCUUAGUGUAAAUUCGGUUUUUUUGAAUAUUUGUGAAUAUUUUGUUGUACAUUCAAUUUUUUUAAAUGUUUAUCAUUCUUUCUAAUCUAAUUUGAAGUUAUUUUUUCCGAAAUAAGUAAAAAUAAGGUGAAUUAAAUAUGAUUUAAUAAUGGGACAAAAAGGAGUAGAUAUAGAUUUGUACUUUUUCUUUUUUAAAGGUUAAUAAUAAUGGGACAAAAAGCAGUUAGGUGCUCGACACUAAAGGUAAAAAAAAAAAAAAAAAAAGUUUUAAAUUUUUUGUGUUUUUUUUCUUUUUUAAAGGUUGACUUGUUUUUGUUUACCACUAAAUCAAGACUUUUCAUCUCCCCUCUUUCUAAUUCUCCUCCGUCUUAACGCGGAAUCAGGAAUUCAUGCCGGAGUUAACCAAUUCCCUAUCUACGCCGACUUCAUUAUUUCUACUCCGUACUUUAAACCAAGUUUCAAAAGAACCCUUUAAAUCCAAGCAUUCAAUUUCCAAUUCCUCCAUUUUCUUUGUCAAAAUUUCACAAAGUAACUAAGAAAAAGAGGGAAUCAUUCCUUCUCAAAGAUGGGAACUCCGGCAUUCCCAAAUCUGGGUAAACAUUGUUCCGUUGAUGAUUGUAAACAGAUUGAUUUCCUCCCUUUUACCUGUGACCGCUGCGACCAGGUAUAUUGCCUUGAGCAUAGAAGCUAUAAGCAGCACCGAUGUCCACAUGGUGACAACCAAGGUGUCACUGUUGUCAUUUGCCCACUUUGUGCCAAAGGAGUUCGCCUAAAACCUGAUGAAGAUCCAAAUAUCACUUGGGAAUCUCAUGUCAACACCAUCUGUGACCCAAAAAAUUACGAGAAAGUAACUAAGAAGAGGAAAUGCCCUGUUGUUGGUUGUAAGGAAAUCCUCGUGUUCUCCAAUACUGUCAAAUGCAAGGAUUGCAGCACUGAUCACUGCUUGAAACAUCGAUUUGGGCCCGACCAUAAGUGUCCUGGGCCCCCCAAAUCCAACACUGGAUUCCCAUUCAUGGGUCUCUUGACCAGCAGUAGUAGAAAAGAAGUGCCACGGCCUAAAGCUCCAGUCCAAUCAACUUCAUCAGUAUGGUCUCGAUUUGUUAAUGCAGCUGAAACAGGCAUGGCAAAGUUGAGCAAUGAUUUCAACCAGGUACUUCAGGUAGGCCAAGGUAGUAAAAAUAGCUCAAAUAGUGGUGGAUCAGGUGGACAGGAAGUGUGCCCACAGUGUAACGCGAGGUUUUCAUCAGUUACUGCACUUGUGGAGCAUGUGCAGAAAGCGCAUGAAAAAAGUAAUAAUUGCAUGGGUGUUAGGAAGUCAACAAUUGAUGCAUGCCCUAAAUGCAGCAGAGGAUUUACUGAUCCUGUUGCCCUUGUUGAGCAUGUUGAGAAGGAACAUGGUGGCACUUCAAGGGCUUGAAAAGGCCAUUUCUUUCAUUAUCUUUGGGUUGAUCUGGUCAUGUCUGCCUGAGUAGCUGGAAAAUUAUAAUUUAGUGAUUUAUUCUGUUCUUGGGUGUCCCUUUAGGGCUGGAGAAACCCAGGUCUGCAGAUUAUUUUUGUACUGAUAGCUGAAAUAUCUCAUCAAAAUUCUUUUACAAAGUUGAAAUGUACAUUGAAUGCCUGAACGGUCAGAUUGAAAUUUAGUGUGAA